AUGCAAAACACUGCUUAUACUAGCGCGCCAUUUCAGCAAAGCUACGUCGAGAUGCCUGCGCAGCAAGUUUACUACCAACAGCCAGUUUAUAUGAUGAGCCAGCCACAGACUCCGGCUGACGAGAUGGCGCCGACGGCUAGAUCGGGCCAAUAUACAUGCCGCAAGUGCGGCAAUGCCACACGCUCGUCUAGACUGGUUUGCUCAACAUGCUGCGCCCGACGUCGACUCGAGAAGGAUGGUUCAGGACGAAACCAGAAAGUGGCCACCAUUCAGCCCGAAAUGCAGCCCUCGCCGCCAACCCAGUCAGAGUCAGUGAUGCCUGGUCAGGCCCCGACUCCCGCGGGCUUCGAUGGUGCUCUACCGUCUCCUGCCUACUCGCCUGUUGCUAAUGGCCAGAUCGCCCAAGGUAUCGAGCAAGCAAGCUACGUGGCAAACACAGCUCAGUCUGUACCGCAAUCGCCAGCCAUACCACAGUCCCCUGUUGGCUCUGCUCAACCGCAGCAGAAUGGUCAAGCGCCACCACUGCAAAAUGGGCAAGCUCAGUCUCAGCAAUUCGGGCAAGUGCAGCAACAGUAUACUGAUCAAAUGCAGCCACUACAGAACGAUCAGGUACAAGCACAUCAAACUGGUCAGACCCAGCUGCAGCAAACCAGCCAAACGCAGCCGCAAACAAGCUACUUCAUGCCGCAAGCUCAACAAUACGUUCAGACUGGUCAAGCGCCAGAGAUGGUUGCAGUACAGCCGCAGCUGAUGACGCAGGGCCGGCAGCAUGUAACAUUCGCGGUGCCUCAAGCUGAUCAGCAGCCUUCGGGCCAGCAGCAAGUGCAACCGGCCCAGACCCAGACAGAUGGCAACACUACGCUCGCACCGACACAGCAGCUAGCGAAUGGACAGCAGAUCGUCUACGUAAUGCAACAACCUCAGCCUCAAUACCAGCCUCAGCCUCAGUCUCAGCCUCAAUAUCAGCAGUUUGUCGAAUCCGGGCAGACGCCUCAGCCUAUGUAUGCGGUCGCACAGCCACCUUACCCCUCGGACGGACAGCCCCAAGUCAGCUACAUCAUGCCACAGACUCAGCAGUACGGACAGUACGUCGCUUAUCAGCCGGUGCUGGGCCCGCAGACCCCGGCAGAUGAGAUGUCGAUGUACCAGAGCGAGCUCAGCCAAUCGAGGCUAGGCAAGUACAUCUGCAGGAGAUGUGGUGGAUCUACGCGCUCCUCAAAGCUCGUCUGCUCGAAAUGUCACUAUUCCCGGAGGGCGUAG